CUGGGUCUCCAUCUCCGUGUCUGCGACAAUCAGUCCGUCCCUUACCUUCCAUUCCCUGGGCAGUCUGAUCUCCCAUCCCAAAUCUCGCAAUCUCCGUUCCCUUUUUUCCGUCCAUACCUUGAACAGUUCAAUUCGCGAAGCUUGUUUUUUACGGUCGAGUUCUUCAUUAACACUAGCGCGUCCACUCAUUGAGACAACGCCAUCCGCUUCACACUCUUUGGGAACUUCCUCUUUGUUCCAGUUUCGCUUCUGUUCCUGUUGCACAGCUUGGGGAAUCGCUCUGCGACCAACCGAGUCGCGGCUCGCGAAUCCAAGAGACAACAACAUGGCUAUCUAGCCUGCCCCUCAAUCGCAACAUCCUCACUCGCGGAAGACCGCACACUUCCUCAAAUUGACCUCCUCAACAUCAUGAAUUGUAGUGUCGCACAAUGGACGAUCCAUGGGGCUCCCCGUGGGCAUCUACCGACAAUACAAAUGCGCCUUCUACCAGUCCCUCCAAGACCAUCAUCGAACCUCCACCACCCGCCUUCCUCUCCACCCCGAGCAACCUGAAUCUACCUUCCAGCCAGUCAGCCUGGCUCAACGACGAUGCCUUUGGCGAUUGGGCAUCCCCUGACCCCGGACAGGCUACGAAUGCAUCUCCGUGGACUUGGGGCAACGAUGCCACGCCAAUCGAAGGUCUGACACCGAGCUAUGAGCCCAGGCCUAGAAGGAAGAGCAGCACACCCAGGUGGCCUCGAAGCCGAUCACCCUCGCCGGGACUGAGACCUCCCAUUACUCCCAACACCGCCCCUCACAGCGCUUCCCCCGGCCAGCCUUCACCCGACCCCUGGGCAAACCACGUAUCGACCUAUACAAGAGACGACCCCGAACCCUUGGCCGAUCUUCCCCAGAUACCAGACGUCCCGCCGCUUGUGCUCGAGCAAGCGCAGAUUGGUCUGGGCUUAACGAAUACUCCCAAUGCGUUUGAAAAGGAAUUCAUUGCCCAUGCGCCAAUAACUACACAAUUCGCCGAACCUCUUGCCGACCCCUCACAAGAAUACCUACAGUUCAGCGAUACUCCGAUUUUCGAUCGAUUCCCUACUACUCCAAAGCACGAUCACGAUGUCGCUCAUUCAUCAGCCUCGGUCUCAGCCUCGUCUGACAACGACGACGAACACGACGAACAGACAGGCGCGAGACACGCUGACUCUCCUAUAACCUCUAUCGAAGACAAUGCACUACCGAAACCUGCGCAGAGGAAAGCCUCUGGCAAGGUUCUGGAGCUCGUUGAGAUGUAUGACGGCAUUGCCAAGCGAAGCACAGAUUCUCCCGAGAGGGCGCCUUCAUUACGCCGUAGCGUAAGCCGAGGGCCCGAUAUUGGCUCAGGAGAUUUACCCUGCCAGGGAACUACCAAAGACGACCUAGCAGAAGAGGAUCAGGAGGAAACGGAAUCUCGCGACACGCUGGAGCCGACUGCAAAGGAAUCACUCGAUCAAGGGAGCAACGCUGAAGAGGAGACUCUCAAGAUUGACAAGCCAACACGCCCAGACCACGAGCCCUUCAGGGUUGACCUUCAACAUCUCGAACUUCUCCUGCCAGAUGUCUCCUUGGAUGAAUCGGUUUCACCCGAAGAUGUGCCGGAUCGAGUUAUACACGACAGCUUCGUGAGCAUCUCCGAGCGCAAGAUGUGGUAUCGGUUGUCCCGCCACGAGUCUUUGCGCAAGCACAAUGCGGGAGACGACGACAAUUAUGUCCGAAUCAACUGGACAAAUUCCACUCUCCGACAAGAAACGUUGAAAACUGUUCGUCGUUGGAUAGAGGAAGAUUCAUUCGGCGGACGACCUUUCCGAGGAGGACUGGCACGAAAUGCGGGCGGCAAAAGCUUCGGCUGGGACGCGACAACAGCAGCAUCUCCGGUCGACCUCGACAGAGUAUUCGGCCGUAAGGCAAAGCGGAAAGCGUCCAUCCACCGUCCAACACAUUCAAUAAGCGGCCUACCCUCGCUAUCAGCAGCUCCUGUUCUCCCUGGCUCUACGGGGAGCACGCCAGCCAUGGGACAAAGCAACGACAAUUGGGAGGGUCUGGCGACGUUUGGCUGGAGCAGCGGGCCAGGGGAUAUAAAACCACCAUCGGGAACGACGAUGCAAAAGCCUCAGGCUACAGGUAUACCACUACCUCUGGCCUUCACUGGGUUUGACAACGCGCCAAAGUCACAUGCGUCCCUCCCGGCGUUCAUCAAGCCGAUCGCGCCGACACCUCCACCAGCGCUCAGCGCUACGAGCUUGAAGGAGGUUGAGGGUGCGGAUGCGGAUGCAGAUGCGGAUGACGAUGAAUGGGGAGACAUGGUUUCUCCAACGACGGCUGAAGCAACGGAUUCCACUUCCCUUCCCAAGACUAGUUGGGAUUCAUUCUCGACCAACCCGCUAGCCGAAGUCACGAGCAAGCCGCCUCCCGAUGCCUUCCUGACUAGCAGCCACCCGGGAGCCGAUGCACUCCGCACCGGGAAUAACAAAGAAAACGAUUCCCGUAACAAAUCAGGACUGUGGGAUAUUGGCAAUGUCAUCAGCAGCCCCGCCCCCGCCUCCACAAUAUCUGCGGCAGCAGGUGUACCCCAAAGCCAAGACGGUCCUCUCAGCCCGUCAGAAUCUGCGAAUACAUACACAUUCAGGCCAGCGUCUACAGUUAAGCGACCAGCAAAUAUCUCUAUCGCAGCCACCCUCGACGACCCGCCGGACCCAUUGAUGUCUGGUAUUACCGGCGUAUCUGCGGGAGGGCCUGCUGAAACCCCACGCACAACGGGCUUCCAGACGCCGUCCACGGCGCAACCGCCCAAGACGAGCACCGAGGGUUACGAUUUUGUGCAGCAAUUUGUGCGUGAGCUGCCAGAUUUAUCGUAUAUGCUUAGAUGAGCGUUUUUUUCCUGGCCAUUUUGACACUAUUCAUAUAAAGUACCUCGACGUAAGCUGCGGUAGAAGCGCGAGAGGACGGCUGGCAUUCAGGUAGCGGUUUACUGGACUCAUGCUUCCUUCAUUAUCACAUCAUUUAGCCGUACACUUAAAGUAUACAUGUAUAUUGCAUUCUCUCUGGCGUUUGGUGGACAUUGGAAAAUCCCAUAGGGCCGGAUGGUAAAGGCACCUUGGACAAGGACCUUGUUCUGGCACACAUACAUGGUAUAUAGGGAGUGG